UCUGCUUAGACGGUCUGAUUAGCACUACGUCACAGUAAAGGGAUGUAAUCCUAGUCUGGCUCCAGGAAUAGAGACCAGGGAGUGGCCAAGGCCGAAGGACAGAUACUCCUGAACCACAGAGAGCGUCCCUGUGUAAUCCUCAGUGUGAAAACCUCAGGGAAGAGUGGAGCCAGUUGAGGUGGUGUCAUUCAGAAGAAGUAACAUCCAGUGUCCUGUUCUCCCUCGGACAUCUGAGCUGGAGCUGGAGGAAAACCCCGGGCCGUUGGACUGCAGUUGGACAGGAUGAACUUUGCUGCACAGUUGAUUUAUUCCAGCUACUUGGGCGAUCUAGUUGAGUCAUCCUACUCACCCAGACCUGCGGGUGAAGACAGUGAGGAGAAUGAUCCUUUCUGGCAAAGAGAGGAGCUGCACCUGGGCCCCAGUCAUCCUGGUGCUUUUCCUGGUUCUGGUCCCCUCAUUAAUGGCACUGGGGGCUACAGACCCACACUCAUUGAACCAGAGCGCCUGAAGGACUUUGGCGAGGAAGAACAACUCAAUGGAGAUGUGAAGGGUCACGUCACUAAAGUGAUGGCAGAAUCUGAGAUUACACUCAUGCAGCCCCCAAAACUGCGGAGAGUCAGCGAGUUCCAGGUGGUCCCCAAACCUCCAAAACAGUAUCUUCGAUUUGAGGACAUCAGUGCGGCAGCCUUCAGGAUCCAUUCUGGAUUACAGAAAACUCCAUGCACGUAUUCCAGACUGUCUAAACUGUAUGGGAUGGAGAUCUACCUGAAGAAAGAUCAUCUGCACUACACCGGCUCUGUGAAGGAGAGAGGAGUCUUGUACCUGCUGUCCUGCCUCACACAGGAGCAGCAGAGGAAGGGUGUGAUCGUGGCCACUGACAGUAACUUCUCCAUGGCCAUUGCUCACCACGCAGCAGAGAUGAAGAUCCCCGUCUUCGUCAUCAUGCCGUCCGGCUGUUCUUCACCGCGGCUCAGGAUCUACAGAGACUACGGCGCCAUGGUCAUCACCUUCGGCAACACCAGCCGUGAUUCUCAGAACCACGCUCGCCAUCUGGCCAAAGAGAAUGGAUACCUGUUCAUGGAGGAAGAUGAAAGUGCAGCGUACCUAUCAGGACUGGGCACCUUGGGUAUGGAAAUCCACGAACAAAUGCCCAGACUGGAUGCACUGAUCGUUCCUGCAGCUGGACAAUAUGGUGUACUGGCCAGCACUGCUGCUGCCAUCAAACACCUCAGCCCAGACGUUCUUGUCAUAGGCGUUGAAGCAGAAGGUUAUCCUCUGCUGCUCCACUCCCUGAACAGAGGUGAUCCUGUCAAAGACAUGCACAGCAAACCCAACAGGAGGCUCUUCAGAGAUCUUGGGGAGUGGUCACUUGGUGUAAAUACUUUUCAGUUGGCAAAGACAUUCGUAGAUAAAGUCGUCACUGUGAGUGAGGAAGAUUCUCUGGUGGCAAUGCUGCGGUUUCAGGAGUUCGAACGCUCCACUGUGGACACUGAGGGAGCCAUGGGAUUGGCAGCCAUCUUGGCUGGACAGCUACCUGAACUGAGAGGCAAAAAGGUAGUUGUGGUUGUGAGUAGUGCCAACAUGGAGCUGGAGCUGCUGAGGCAGUGUGUUGACCGAGCCCUGGUGCUGGACCACCGGGUCAGUAAGUUCUGUGUCCAGCUGGGAGAGUGGCCGGGAGACAUGGCCAAGCUGCUGGACGUCCUGUCCAGAGAGGAUGUGAGGUUGUUGGACGUCAGCCAUCGAAGACACAGUGACAAGUCAGAACUCUUCAAAGCAAAGGUGGAGUGCGUGGUAGAAACCAAAGAUAAGGCACAGAGUGUUCAUCUGCGUAAGGUACUGAGGGAGCGAUACCCAUCUAUAUGCUGGUUGGACCGGUGAUCACUGACAACAACGAACACAAAGUGUAUUUCUAAUAGAAGAUCUUCAGCGAAACAAGGUUCAAACACAUACUUUAAUAUUCACUAAUUCAAUAUAUCAUUCACAGUAUUAAAUACAUUUAAUGAUGACAUUUGACCUUUUUCAAUAAAUCGUUGAGAUUAUACAUAUAUCAUACGUAUUUCACCCAUUACUGUUUAUAAAGCCAAUCCCUAAAACAUGACAUGCUGUGAUUUUGCAUUGAUAAUCUCUAUAUUUAAUAAGGCCGUAACAAUCAGUAAAUAAAUCACGAAACACUUUCUUAGUCUAACCUUAUGACAGAUAAAAAAUAUUUUGCACAAUACAAUUGGCAGUACAUUCCCACAUUGUUUAUAUUAUUUUAUAAAUAUUUCAUUGCUAUUAUGGUAUCUCAAAUAGUAAUACUGUAUAAAUUCAGUGAAGUAUGUUGCAAAUUUAAAAAAAAACAACCUCCAUAACAAUGAUUUUUGGUUGUAAGGGAUCAAACAAAUGGGGAAAAAACUAAAUAUGUUUCAUGUGGCUUAACAAACUAGAAGGCAGUAAGUUUAAAGUUAGACUUUGUGGUAAAGGCACAUGUAGCAGAUGAACAUUCCUCCUCUGAAUGAAGCAUCUAUUCGUGCACUGUUUCUCUCAAUCUGGGCAAUUCCACACUGAUGUUUUACAGUUUAUAUUUACAGUGUUGGACAGAGAGACAACGGUUGUACUGUAGAAGGGCUUCUUUUCCGCCCUAUCCGUUCUUGAUUAAUUGCCGGAGACAGCUCCAGGGGAGAA